UUCCCCUUUGAUUUCAGCUCUGUUUCAGUCUAAAAUGAAGGCCAUGUUGGUUCUUACUGCUCCUCCUCCUCCUCCUCCUGCAAUUUCUACUACUCGUAUCUCCAAUAUCUCGAAACCCACUUCCGUUUUUGGCUCCCAUGCUGGAAACAAUCGUGGGUUUUUGCCUCUCAAUUUGAACUUGCUUCAUGGGACCGCCAUUCGUUCUGUUCAAGCCUCUGCCGCGUCCCAUGGCGGAAACUAUGGAUCAAAGUUUAGUGCAACUUUAACUUUGAAGGAAAUAAGAAGCUCAUUAAUCUCUCAGGAGGACAGCAUUAUCUUUAGUCUCUUAGAGAGAGCUCAGUACUGCCAUAAUGGAAAGACAUAUGACCUCCAGGCUUUCUCCAAGGAUGGCUUGAGUGGCUCUUUGGUGGAGUACUUGAUCAAGGAAACUGAAAAGCUCCAUGCUCAGGUGGGAAGAUACAAGAGCCCUGAUGAGAAUCCUUUCUUCCCCGACGACCUACCCGCCCUGUCGUCGACUCCCCUUCAGUACCCGCAGGUACCACAUCCUGGGGCGGAUUCCAUCAAUAUAAAUGAAAAAGUAAGGAGCAUGUACUUCGAGUCUCUGAUACCAAAAUUAGUCAAGGAAGGAGAUGACGGCAAUUAUGGAUCAGCCGCUGUCUGUGACAUGAUUUGCUUGCAGGCUCUAUCAAAGCGAAUUCAUUAUGGAAAAUUUGUAGCAGAAGCAAAGUUUCAAGAGUCACCAGAUGAAUAUGAGGCUGCAAUCAGGAAACAAGACAAGGAGAAGUUGAUGGAUAUGCUGACGUUUCCGAGCGUCGAGGAGGCGGUAAAAAGGAGAGUGGAAAUGAAAGCCAAAACAUUUGGCCAAAAACAUGGUGCCCCAGAUUACAAAAUCAAACCCACUUUGGUUGCUCAACUUUAUGGAGAAUGGAUCAUGCCUUUAACAAAGGAAGUUGAAGUUCACUACCUACUCAGAAGAUUGGACUGA